AUGAUGUCUAGUCCAUCCAUGGAACUGCAAGUCGAGGAGGCUCCAUUAGCAUUACGUCGUCUCUGGAACCUCACUCGUGCCCGCCUCGCCGGUACUUCUACUGCUUUGGAUGAGGAACCAGCUUUAGUUGAAACUUUGCCUUCAGCUCAGGAACUAGAUGUGACACCAAAAAGCUGCAUACCAGUUCCUAGUGACUAUGAAAGUGAUGGUGAAGAAGCUUUUCCUGAAUUAGAACUCCAUAGGUGUGACUAUAUCUGUUGCGAAUGUUUAAUAAAGAUAAACCUGAUAGGGGAAAAGUCCGAAAUUACAACUCGGCCUUUGUGGGUCGACAGUGCUUAUGAAAAAGAAGUCCUUUUAGAUGCAAGCACUCUUGGAGAUGUACCAGCCGUGUACCGCGUGCCGGCGCCAGCGCCUCAUCAAAUGCCUGUUAUCGGCGUCUACAUCGACCCUCGAGUCAGGACUGGCUUCAGAUACAAAAUAAGACCGAUGCAGACUUUGGACGCUCCUCCACUAUCGGUGAAGCCACGGUACUUGUUCGACGCCAAGGCUCUUCUCCUGCAAUCAAUUGGGCGUGGAUUUGCCCGAAGGCUAACAUUUGAGCCUCAUAAUUCGUCUUUGAAUGAAAAUAACAACUACUUUUGGACCGACUCUCGUCCAGAAGGAUUUGUGUUUGAAAUCGAAGCUGUUUCCAUUGGCGACAAAUUUACUAUUUAUGAUGCUAACCAUGAACCACAGGGAAUAUUAGAAAUUGUACAGCAGCAGAAAAAUCAAAUUGAGAUUGAUCAAAAAAUUUGUGAAGAUGGAUCCAUUGAGAAGAAAGUGAAGAUUAACACACUGUGCAAAGUGGAAUGGUAUGAAAAUGAUGGAAUUACCAAAUUAGUGCCAGUUACUGGUGUCGCGAUCUUGAAGAAAGGUAGAGGAAAUGCAGCUGUUGUAAGAAUUGUUAAUGUCGCUAUUGGUAUCAAGCAACUAAAGAAAGGCUAUGAAUUGAAGCCUGGCAUUAAGUCUUCCUCCAGGAGAAUAACUGUAAACGGAUCGGAUAUAAAAGAUAUACCUUGCCAAUACACCGUUGUCGGUCUUGAACGAUAUGAACUGCCUGUUAUUGGCACCUUCGUUGAUUCUCGUAUUAUUCCUGGCUUCUACUACAGAGUGAGACCGGCGACAAGUCGUCGCCAUUUAUUUGAAGGCCGUAGCUUAUUAUUGCAGUCUAUUGGUAUGGGUUAUGGAAAACGUAUCACCUUCAAGCCCGAUACUUUAAAUGCACCAGAAAACUAUUUCUGGUCUGAUUCUCAUCCCGAGGGCUUGGGAAUGGAGCCGCGUGCUGUCCACCCUAAUAUGAAGUUCACUAUUACUGGGAAUGGAGGACUGCUAGGCGAAGCAAGUGUCUUUAGGGCUGAUCUUCCUCAAAUCGAAGAGAAAACAGAAUAUGUUGAUGUUCCGGGGAAAAAAGGAAAAGCUGUUGAAAAAUAUAUCCAAGUAGAUGUCACUUGCCACGUGAAACUGGCAACGACAGGAGGAGGUUCGGUUGAUUCUGAAGUGCAUCUCAUGAAAGUUUCGGGAACGGCAGUCGUGCGCAAAGAACCUGGUCAAACGACUGCUAAGUUAUUGAAAGUAUUUAACGUUGGUUUGGAUUCCCAACUUAACUUGCUGUUCGCUCACUCACAAACUGAGCUUACAUUCCAUCCCAUGCCC